GUGUGUUAAUGCUACCUUGUGUCACCUCUGAGGGACACUCCACAAAAAAAACUUCUUGGACGGCCGCCACCAUUCCUCCGUGCGGUCCGAAGUGAGGACUCCAACUGGGUCUGGGAGCUGGUUCCGGCCCGGCUGACUAGUUAGUCAACUGGUCCUCCUGAAGCGAGGUUUGUUGAAAAAUCAGAGAAGACCCCGGAAGUUGCCCUGUCCACGCCGACAGCGCGAGAAGGUCCGAGCCAUGUUCCGACUCCUCAGCCGUAACGGCCGGAAGAGGUCAAGCUGCCUGCUUGCUCAGCGGCGCUAUGAGCACCACAGGGCCGUCAUAGCCAUCCGGCGGGAGGACAUCAACCCGUGGGAGCGCAGGGCGCCGCUGGCCCCACGUCACGUCCGGGAGCUGACACAAGACGGCAUCAAAGUUGUGGUCCAGCCGUCCAACCGUAGGGCGAUCCACGAGAAGUUCUACGCUAAAGCCGGCGCCGUCAUCCAGGAGGACAUCUCGGCGGCCUCGCUGAUCCUCGGCGUAAAGAGGCCGCCCGAGGAGAAGGUGAUCCCCAAGAAGACCUACGCCUUCUUCUCCCACACCAUCAAGGCUCAGGAGGCCAACAUGGGGCUGCUGGAUGAUCUCCUAAAGAAGGAAGUUCGCCUGAUCGACUACGAGAAGAUGGUCGACGCUAACGGCUUUCGCAUCGUAGCGUUCGGUCAGUGGGCCGGUGUCGCAGGCAUGAUCAACAUUUUGCACGGUUUGGGUCUCCGCUUCCUGGCGCUCGGCCACCACACCCCCUUCAUGCACGUCGGCAUGGCGCACAACUACCGCAACGUCAGCCAGGCCAUCCAGGCCGUCCGGGACUGCGGCUACGAGAUCUCUCUGGGCCUCAUGCCCAAGUCCAUCGGCCCCGUCACCUUCUGCUUCACGGGCACCGGCAACGUCUCCAAGGGAGCGCAGGACAUCAUCAACGAGCUUCCCGUGGAAUACGUGGAGCCUCAUGAGCUGAAGGACGUGUGUCAAACUGGGGACAUGACCAAAGUCUUCGCCACCGUGCUGAGUCGCCACCACCACCUGAUGAGGAAGAGCGACGGCAUCUACGACCCCCUGGAGUACGAGAACCACCCGGAACUCUACACUUCCCACUUUAGGACCAGCGUGGCGCCCUACACAAACUGCCUGAUCAAUGGCAUCUACUGGGACCGCCAGACGCCCCGGCUCCUCAGGCGGCUGGACGCGCAGAAGCUGAUGCGACCGUCCAAAAGCGUGUUUGUCACGAAUGAGGGGAUGCCUUCGCUGCCACACAAACUCUUGGCCAUCUGUGACAUAUCCGCCGACACGGGCGGCUCCAUCGAGUUCAUGAACGAGUGCACCACCAUCGACAAGCCUUUCUGCAUGUACGACGCCGACCAGCACAUCGACCACGACAGCGUGGAAGGCAACGGCAUCCUCAUGUGUUCCAUCGACAACCUCCCGGCUCAGAUGCCCAUCGAGGCCACCGAGUACUUCGGAGAUCGCCUCUUUCCUUACAUCUGGGAGAUGCUGCCUUCAGACGCCAGCAGACCUUUGGAAGAAGAAGACUUCAGCCCGCAAGUCCGAGACGCAGUCAUCACCUCAAACGGAGCCCUGACGCCCAAGUUUGAGUACAUCGAGAAGCUUCGAGAGAACCGAGCAAAGUCUCAGAUCUUGAAGAAAGGCGGGAUGAAACGAGUUCUGUUGCUCGGUACCGGAUACGUCUCCGGACCUGUGGUGGAAUACUUGACCCGGAGCGACAAGACGCAGGUCACAGUAGCCUCAGUGUGCCUGAACCAGGCGCAGGAUCUGUCGUCCAAAUAUCCAAACACUGUCCCCGUCAUGUUGGAUGUCGGCAGUCAGGAGGCGCACCUCAACUCUCUGGUCAAAGAGCACGACCUGGUCAUCAGCUUGCUGCCUUACACGCUGCACCCCCUAGUGGCCAAACACUGCAUCGAUAGGAAGGUCAACAUGGUGACCGCCAGCUACCUGAGUCCCGCCAUGAAGGAGCUGCACAACAGGGCGGUGGAGGCGGGCAUCACCAUUGUCAACGAGAUGGGUCUAGAUCCAGGUAUUGAUCACAUGUUAGCCAUGGAAUGUAUCGACCAAGCUAAAGCUGACGGCUGCACGGUGGAGUCGUACACUUCCUUCUGCGGAGGACUUCCCGCCCCCGAGUGUUCAGACAAUCCUCUUCGCUACAAGUUCAGCUGGAGUCCUUACGGAGUUCUCCUCGCCACCGUCAACCCCGCCCUCUUCUUGCGGGACAGCAAGCUUGUGAGCAUCCCACAAGGGGGCGCUCUGAUGGACGCCGCCACGCCAAUGGAUUUCUUUCCUGGAUUCAACUUUGAAGGUUACCCCAAUCGGGACAGCACCAAAUGCGCAGCUCUGUACGGCAUCCAGAAUGUGCACACGCUGCUCAGAGGAACGCUACGCUAUGAGGGUUUCUCCAGAGCCAUGAGUGGUUUUGUCAAGUUGGGUUUGAUCAACAGUGAUCCUUGUCCCCUGCUGCAGAGCUCCGCCCCUCCGGUCACAUGGAAAGGAUUGCUGUGUCACGUGUUGUCGUUGGACCCCACCAUCUCCCAUGAUGCAUUUGAGGCGGCGGUGGUGGACCGCGUGGGCCAUGACCAAGACAAAAUGGACUGUCUGAAAUGGUUCGGAAUGCUGAGUGACGAUCACGUCCCUCACGCUGACAGCGUGCUGAUGGCUCUCAGCAAACAUCUGGAAGCCAAACUGUCCUUCAACUACGGUGAGCGGGACAUGAUCGUCCUGAGGAGCGACCUGGGACUUCGCCACCCGACGGGCGAGCUGGAGACCAAACACAUCAGCCUGGUGGUGUACGGAGACAUCAACGGCUUCUCCGCCAUGGCCAAGACCGUGGGCUACCCAGCAGCCAUCAGUGCACGCAUGAUCCUCGACGGUGAGAUCAGGUCAAAGGGCAUCGUGCUCCCCAUGACCAAGGAGGUGUACGUGCCAGCCUUGACGCGCCUGAAGGAUGAAGGUCUGCAUGUCAUGACCUCCAGUACUCUGCUGGACUAAAAUAUUGCAAUAUUUUAAUCAUCAUCGCACAGUAUGUGUGUGUACAUACAUGUAUGUAUACACAAAUAUAUAUAUAUAUA